AUUUUUACUUUACCGAGAAGCACUUCCUUAGAGACGGCAAGUGAUUAUGACAACUUAGACUCUAUGUAAAGAAUCCUUUUGUUAUUGGAUAGAGGCCAUUAACUGUGCAAUUUAAACCUCCCUUGUAGAAAAAAGAUGUCUUUACACUUCAGCGCCAAUCAGUAUGACAAGGAAUUUAAACCUAAACUUCUCCAGAACUGGGAAGUUCCUAGGCAGUACAGAGAGAAAAUGAUUAUCAAAGGAAUGAGCGACUGCAGGCCAAGGGCUUUUGUAGGGUUCACACAAAUUGUUGCCAGUGAUAAAGGUCAUCUAUUGCCUGGAGUCAAAAGGUCAAGAGAAUCACCAUGGGGUACUUUUGUAGGCACAUGGGAUAUGCCUUUGAAAAUUCCAGGAAACAGCAUGACAAAUUGCACGGCUCGCACAGAAAAUGCUAUGAUGAGAUUAGAAAGAAUUAAAACAGAUGGUGAUAUUGUGCUGAAAGGAAAAUUAAAACAGUGUAAUAUACCUUCACCUUUGCCUGUUAAGAUGGACAUAGAAGCCGACAAGAAUCUUCCUGUUCACCCAGCAGUUGCUGAAACAGCCCUUGGCGGUAGUGGUAAUGGCGUUAGAUCUGGCGCCAUGAAUCCAGAACCCAUAUCUACAGUCGGAGUUCCUGCCUCGCCCGGUAUAAAAACACCAGUUAAACCUUGCACGCCCAAUAUUGACUGGCCCAGACCGGCUUCUCAGCGUGCAAAAUCUGCAAGCCCGAAAUUAGCUGCACAAAAAUCUCCACUUCCUGCAAUUAUGUCUCCGGCGCCCGGCACACCAUCCAAAGCAGAUUUUAAAUGGCCUUCACCUUGUGCUGACCGGGAACCAGUAGCAGCAUAAAAAUGUUAUUUGUUAUUGUUGUGUUUUGGAAAUAUGUUUUUGUUCAAAGGGGGAUUGGUUCAAAAUCAUAGUUGUGGCAAUGGCUUGGUAGUUGGCUAUUUUUGUCUGGUCUAAUUAAUGCAUUUUCACUGUGAGAUCUUUUUCACUGUACUGACAUUUGUUUCAUCAUUUUAUUAAUAAAAAUGAUUUUGAACAAUAAAAUGAACUUUCUUAUUCCAUUUUGUAUAACUUAUAAAUAAUUCUUUUAAAUAAAAUGUGGUCAGAAUACCAGAAUAGACUGUCAAGGUGGUAUAGUUUUAGUCUUGUUUAAGUAGACAUUUUUUAUAAAAAUAGAUACAUUGUAUUGCUUAUAAGUUAUUAUCUGAUAUCAAUUUUUAAAUUCAUGAUCAUUUUAGAAAAUAAAUUAUUUGAUAUGAAUAUUUUACACUCUAUAUGAUGGUAAUAGUUCAAGUUGCAUUUGUUUAUAUAUUUGUUUCCCCCCUUAUUUUUACCAGGUUUUGUAAAAUCCGGUACUUGGCAGGCAAGUAAAACCCAUCAUGUUGUGCUGAAAGGGAGAUAAUUGUUUUUUAAUAUAUUACUCAUUUAGACUGUAUUAUUUCUAUGCAGGCUGGUUUAUUUUUCUUUCUCUCUAUAUAUAUAUAUAUUUUAUUUGGAGUGCAGACUGGGCUUCACUUAUUUAUUCUGCAGACUGCUCCUCAAUAUGUUGGAGGUUUAAAGUGCAUGGGUUUCACACGCAGUUUAUUGCAGAAUGUAAUCUCAGAUGUGAUUUUUUUACAUUUUUUCUUUUAUCAUUGAUAAUUAUUGAUAUAAGUUUGUUUCACUUUUGCAGCUAGCUGCAUGUAGGGUUUGUAUUGGCACGUUUCAUCAUUUUUUAUGUCUUUUUUUUUUAAAUAAAAAAAAAAUUGUAAGAAAUACUUUCUUACAUACCUUUAACUGCCUGUGCUACUGCCAUUAAGGUGAAAACUAUGAUGACAUUCUUUUUCCUAUUUCUGUUAAAAACAUUUUUAAUCUUACUUUAAGUAUUGUUUGCUACUUACCUGUACCACAAGCAUUAACCAUGGUAAUUAUUCGUGUAUACCAUGGCAUUAACCAAUGACAAUGUUCAUGUAAACCAUGAUUACUGUAUUAAAUAGCAUAAGCCAUGGUUUAAUUGAACUGUUUCUGUAAAUUAUACCACUGUUUACCAUGGUAACGGUAUGUGUAUGCCAAAUUUUUUAAGAACUUUGAACAUCAUUUAAUAACAUAUGUUAAAACAUAAUGUAUUUGGAUUAUUUUAGUUAUCUUAGACUAUAUAUGGGAAUAAUUAAUAUGUUCAAGUUUACUGUGAAGAUAAAGAAUGGAAGAUUUUUUUUUAUAUACAUGUUAUAAUGUAUAUUCACAUACACAUGUGACAUGGACCACUAAUUACGGUAGCACAUAUUUUUAUUCCUUUGUUUAUUUUAUUGUUUUUAUUUGUUGAUUUUUCAAAUGUCUUUGUUAAGAGGGUUUAAUGGAUUGUUAACAGUUUUAUGUGCUCAACAUACUUUUAGUCAGUUUAAAGUGUUAAGAAAUUUUAUUUCUAGAAAAUGUUAUAUUAUUUUUCAUCAAUUUUGAUAAAACAAUAUGUAUUUUGUUGGCUCAAACAAAAGAAAAAGUCAGCUAGAAAAAUAAAAUACUGUGCUUAUUUGAAAAAAAAUGUAUAUAUAAUACAAAGUUUGCUAAUUUCUUUAAGGUUUUUGUUUGAAGGUUUCAACGCAAUAGUUUUACCUGAUAGCUUUUCUUGAAUCCAUAUUUAUGUAUCUAAUUUUUUCAAAAACAAACACAUGGAAAACACAUUCCUUGAAAAAUACAUUAACACAAUUUUCUUCAUAUUCAAGCAUAUUAGAUUUUAAAUAGCUUUUAGAAUACUAAGUUCAUGUUCAAACAAUAAAUGUAGAUAAUAAAUGGAAGUUACGAUUUAGGCGGUGAAUAGCUGAGCAAUUCCUGGAUUUAGGUUACCCCCCAUUUUUUAUGUUCAUUUUUUUUUCAUUUUAAAGGUUGAAUUGGAUUUCUCUAUAUUAAUUGACAAUUUUUUGUCGAGUAAACGAAACAGUUCAUGUGUUAAAUUUUCUGUUAAAAACCAUUUUGGUGGCAGAGACAAUAAAGGAUUACGGUAUAUAUGUUUAUUUAACAAUCUGUUAUACAUGUAUACUCAUUAACCAGUUUGUUUUUAAUUUCAAGUCAGUUUGGAUCAUUGAGGAAAUUAAGGUUUAUACUAUUAUAUAUAUAUUUACAAAAUGAUUAUGUUUACUAUAGCUAAUUGUUUCAUGAUAACUGUGAUAAUAAAAUAUAGAAACUA